AUGACCAUCACUAGAAUCGGACUCAUCGCCCUCGCCGAUGUCGCUAAGCAGGAGGAGGCGGUGAAGAGGUUCAGCAACUUUGUCCACGACUGCAAAAAGGCAAUCGCCUCAAAGGCUAGCAAGUGCAAGGUCUUGACCGAUGUCCCGGGAUCCCAGGCAUGGUCCGUCGUUUAUGAAAUCACGUUUGCCAAUGAAGAGGAUAUGGAGUACUACCAGACAAAGGACCCAAUCUACCAGGAGCUAAUGAAGCAGGCGGCUGAGGGCAAGGCAACGGGGUUCAUUGCCGUGUCUGCAGAGUUCUAG